AAAGGGUGGACUUGUUGCAGUUGCUGUAGGAUUCUAAGUCCAGGUGAUUGUUUCAAACUAAGCAUCAACAAAAAUUAAAAACAUUUGUAUGAUAUCUAUAUUUCAAUCAUGGACCAAAAUCAGCAUUUGAAUAAAACAGCAGAGGCACAACCUUCAGAGAAUAAGAAAACAAGAUACUGCAAUGGAUUAAAGAUGUUCCUGGCAGCUCUGUCACUCAGCUAUAUCGCUAAGGCACUAGGUGCAAUUGUUAUGAAAAGUUCCAUCAUUCAUAUAGAAAGGAGAUUUGAGAUAUCCUCUUCUCUUGUUGGCUUUAUUGACGGAAGCUUUGAAAUUGGAAAUUUGCUUGUGAUUGUAUUUGUGAGUUACUUUGGAUCCAAACUACACAGACCAAAGUUAAUUGGAAUCGGUUGUUUCAUUAUGGGAAUUGGAGGUGUUUUGACUGCUUUGCCACAUUUCUUCAUGGGAUAUUACAGGUAUUCUAAAGAAACUAAUAUCGAUUCAUCAGAAAAUUCAACAUUGACCUUAUCCACCUGUUUAAUUAAUCAAAUUUUAUCACUCAAUAGAACAUCACCUGAAAUAGUGGGAAAAGGUUGUUUAAAGGAAUCUGGGUCAUACAUGUGGAUAUAUGUGUUCAUGGGUAAUAUGCUUCGUGGAAUAGGGGAGACUCCCAUAGUACCAUUGGGACUUUCUUACAUUGAUGAUUUUGCUAAAGAAGGACAUUCUUCUUUGUAUUUAGGUAUAUUGCAUGCAAUAGCAAUGAUUGGUCCAAUCAUUGGCUUUACCCUGGGAUCUCUGUUUUCUAAAAUGUACGUGGAUAUUGGAUAUGUAGAUUUAAGCACUGUCAGGAUAACUCCUACUGAUUCUCGAUGGGUUGGAGCUUGGUGGCUUAAUUUCCUUGUGUCUGGACUAUUCUCCAUUAUUUCUUCCAUACCAUUCUUUUUCUUGCCCCAAACUCCAAAUAAACCACAAAAAGAAAGAAAAGCUUCACUGUCUUUGCAUGUGCUGGAAACAAAUGAUGAAAAGAAUCAAACAGCUAAUUUGACCAAUCAAGGAAAAAAUAUUACCAAAAAUGUGACUGGUUUUUUCCAGUCUUUUAAAAGCAUCCUUACUAAUCCCCUGUAUGUUAUAUUUGUGCUUUUGACGUUGUUACAAGUAAGCAGCUAUAUUGGUGGUUUUACUUAUAUCUUCAAAUAUGUAGAGCAACAGUAUGGUCAGCCUUCAUCUAAGGCUAACAUCUUAUUAGGAGUCAUAACCAUACCUAUUUUUGCAAGUGGAAUGUUUUUAGGAGGAUAUAUCAUUAAAAAAUUCAAAUUGAACACCUUUGGAAUUGCCAAAUUCUCAUUUUUUACUGCUGCAAUGUCAUUGUCCUUUUACCUAUUAUAUUUUUUCAUACUCUGUGAAAAUAAAUCAGUUGCCGGCCUAACCAUGACCUAUGAUGGAAAUAAUCCAGUGACAUCUCAUGUAGAUGUACCACUUUCUUAUUGCAACUCAGACUGCAAUUGUGAUGAAAGUCAAUGGGAACCAGUUUGUGGAAACAAUGGAAUAACUUACAUCUCACCUUGUCUAGCAGGUUGCAAAUCUUCAAGUGGCAAUAAACCUAUAGUGUUUUACAACUGUAGUUGUUUGGAAGUAACUGGUCUACAGAACAGAAAUUACUCAGCCCAUUUGGGUGAAUGCCCAAGAGAUGAUGCUUGUACAAGGAAAUUUUACUUUUUUGUUGCAAUACAAGUCUUCAAUUUAUUUUUCUCUGCACUUGGAGGCACCUCACAUGUCAUGCUGAUUGUUAAACUUGUUCAACCUGAACUGAAAUCACUUGCACUGGGUUUCCACUCAAUGGUUAUACGAGUACUAGGAGGAAUUCUAGCUCCAAUAUAUUUUGGGGCUCUGAUUGAUACAACAUGUAUAAAGUGGUCCACCAACAACUGUGGCACACGUGGGUCGUGUAGGAUAUAUAAUUCCACAUUAUUUUCAUGGGUCUACUUGGGCUUGUCUUCAAUGUUAAGAGUCUCAUCACUUGUUUUAUAUAUUAUAUUAAUUUAUGCCAUGAAGAAAAAAUAUCAAGAGAAAGAUAUCAAUGUAUCAGAAAAUGGAAGUGUCAUGGAUGAAGCAAACUUAGAAUCCUUAAAUAACAAUAAACAUUUUGUCCCUUCUGCUGGGGCAGAUAGUGAAACACAUUAUUAAGGGGAGAAGAAAAGCCACUUCUGCUUCUAUGUUUCCAAACAGCAUUGCAUUGAUUCGGUAAGAUGUUAUUUUUGAGGAGUUCCUGGUCCUUUCACUAAGAAUUUCCACAUCCUUUAUGGUGGAAGUAUAAAAAUAAGCCUAUGAAUUUAUAAUAAAACAAACUAUAUGUAGAAAAAAAUGAGAGUACUCAUUGUUACGUUAUAGCUAUGUAUUUGUGGUUAAGGUUAGACUAUAUGAUCCAUACAAAUUUAAAGUGAGAGACAUGGUUAUCAUGUAAUAAAAGAAAAAAUACUUGUUCAGGUAAUUGUAAUUCUUAAUAAAACAAAUGAGUAUCAUACAGGUAGAGGUUAAAAAGGGGGAGCUAGAUUCAUAUCCUAAGUAAAGAGAAAUGCCUAGUGUCUAUUUUAUUAAACAAACAAACACACAGUUUGAACUAUAAUACUAAGGCCUGAAGUCUAGCCUGGAUGUAUGCUAUGAUAAUAUCUGUUACUCACAUAAAAUUAUAUAUUUCAUAGACUUUAUCAAUGUAUAAUUAACAAUUAUCUUGUUUAAGUAAAUUUAGAAUACAUUUAAGUAUUGUAGAAGAAAUAAAGACAUUCCAAUAUUUGCAA